AUGGCAAGGCCUGAAGGGUCCAUUGCAGAAGCAUAUGUCGCUACUGAGUGCUUGAAUAUUUGCUCAAGGUACUUUGGUGAUGAUGUUGAGACACGACACAAUCAGGAGGGCAGGAAUAGAGAACGUAUUGAUAUGAGAAAAUGUGACAUUUCUGUUUUCAAGCAUGGAGUUGAGGUUCUUGGAGCACCAACAAUUACAUAUCUUGAACGUGAUUAUGAAAAAAUGGUUUGGUUUGUGCUAAACAACUACAAAGAGAAGAGGAAAUUGAACAAAAUGAAUCAAGUGACGAGGACGAUGAAACUAGAUGGCAAUAUGUCAGUGAAAAUGAAUUUCCAACAAACCCUCCCGAAGAUGAUGACAAAGAUAGCGAUUACGAGUAACCAAUGCAAAUCCAAGGGCCCUGACCUUAGCAAGAGUUUGCCAAGUACUGGAGGAUCAAGAGCUUCAAAGCGAGUGAUGGCACUUCAGGAGCAAGACCAACCAGCUAGAAUGACAAGGCAGAGGACAAAGGAAAAAUCAUCAGCUGAUGAAUUUUGCCCUGUUCCAACAACAGACCCACAAGAUGCUCCCACAGAAGAUGGGUUGAUCGCUCUGGAUGCUCAUACUCAAUCUUACAAUCACAACAACAUGACUGUACAAGGCAAGUGA